AUGCCGCUCAAUUCUCCAGUACCGGUUCCUGUGUAUGCUUCAUCCGAACUCAAGAAUACCUCCGACGAUGCUAUCACAACAUAUCUCACCCUCGGCCUCCCUAAACCUAACAGAUUUGUCGCAAGCCACACCAAAACAGAUAUCCGUCUUAUCAUAGGCUAUUGCGCAGUCACAAUUGCUGGAGUCUCUUUCUACUUUGACUAUACGAAAGGUUGGGAGUUCACGGCGCCAUGGAUGAUAUAUGCCGUAGUAGCAUAUUUCAUACUAAACACCGUAUACACUGGUCCCCUGUAUUCCCUUCAUUAUACAUAUAUAUAUAUAUAUAUAUCUAACAUGGCUCCACGACAGCUUCAAAUACAGUCUCUGUCGAAGAAGUUAUCUUCGACAUACAAGCUUCACUUCCGACAUACUUCUGCUUCGGGAAAAGUAGUACAGGAAAAAACAAUCGAGGCUCCUUUUUCCAAGUGGUUUUCGGCAGACGGCACCCUACACUUUGAACCAUUUUCAGAAUGGCUCAAGAAUGAGAUAAAGCUUGUACAGACAUCUUCGUUGGAAGGUUCCUCUAAAUAA